UUUCAUGGUUAAAGCACAGGUUUUCAUCUCUCUCUCUCUCUCUCUCUCUCCCUGGGAUAAUUAAGACAUCUCAUUCAGCCACUCCCAUAUCUCUACCUCCAUCUUCUUCAUCUUCAUAAAGCCAAUGAAGAAAAACAUUUAAUAUAUGAUCGAUUCUUUUUGGGUCCAUGAUCAGAUCUUCAUCAUCAACUUAAACUGGAAAUCAAGAAUUCAACUGUUUCGAUUUCAUGGUUGAUAUGUGUAUAUGUAUAUGAUCUGAAGAUCAUGAAGAGUAUAUAAGUAAUGAAUUAUUCGGUUGAUCGAAGAAGAAUGAAUAAUAUCAGCAGCUCUGAUCUCAUUGAUGCAAAGCUUGAAGAACAUCAACUGUGUGGAUCCAAACACUGUCCCGGUUGUGGCCAUAGACUCGAAGGAAAACCGGAUUGGGUGGGUCUACCAGCAGGAGUGAAAUUUGAUCCAACGGACCAAGAACUGAUUGAACAUCUUGAAGCUAAAGUUGAAGCCAAGAACUUCAAAUCCCAUCCGUUGAUUGAUGAAUUCAUUCCUACAAUUGAAGGUGAAGAUGGGAUUUGUUACACACAUCCAGAAAAGCUUCCAGGAGUUACGAGAGACGGAUUGAGUAGACACUUCUUCCAUCGGCCAUCGAAAGCUUACACCACCGGGACAAGAAAAAGAAGAAAGAUCCAAACCGAAUGCGACCUACAAGGAGGCGAGACUCGAUGGCACAAAACAGGCAAAACGCGACCCGUUAUGGUUAACGGAAAGCAAAAGGGGUGCAAGAAAAUCUUGGUACUCUACACAAACUUUGGGAAGAACCGAAAACCCGAAAAGACCAAUUGGGUGAUGCAUCAGUACCACCUCGGACAACAUGAGGAGGAGCGCGAGGGUGAGCUUGUGGUGUCGAAAAUAUUUUAUCAGACUCAACCAAGGCAGUGUAAUUGGUCUGAAAGGGCGAGCAACAACAACGUUUUGUCGAAUGUGAUCCCCAUCGAGGGGGCGAAUAAUGAAACGAACAGAAGAGAGAGCAGAAGCGGAAGUGGGAGUUGUUCUUCUUCUAAAGAAAUCAACAUAACUGCCACCGCCCCUCCUACUCAUAAUAACAUGGAUGAACUCUCUGCGGUUAGUGUUGGUGCAGUUAUGUCGAGUUAUAAUCCCAUGGAUCAAAUGCAUCAUCUGAAAGGCGUCGAUCAUUUUAGCUUUGUUCCGUUUCGGAAAAGCUUCGAUGAGGUGGGAACAACCGGAGGAGAGGCGUCAACGGGAAGGGAGAUAGGCAUCACGUGCGAGGAGCAUGAGCUACAACAUCAUCACAUGGCUCAUGAACAAAAUCCACAUCAGCACCAGAUGGCAGCUGGUGGUUACAACGUCAGCAGGCCAACUCAUCCUGUAUCCAACCUCAUCUCACCACCUCCUCCUCCACAUCCCCUUCAUCACACAUCAUCCAUUAUGCUUGAUGAAGACUCGUUCCAUGUCUCUAGAAUCAUGGACAAUUUUCAGCAACAGCAUCAUCAUCAUAAGAUGGGAGGAGGGAGAUCAACGUCAGGAUUGGAAGAGCUGAUAAUGGGGUGCACUCCAUCAUCAUCAACCGAUAUCAAAGAAGAAUCAUCCAUCACAAACCAGCAUCAUCAGCAGGAGGCAGAUUGGUUGAAGUACUCCACCUUCUGGCCUGAUCAUCCUGACACUCAAGAUCAUCAUUGA